UCCAAGGCAGCCAAGCCCCAACCGGGACCCAAGGCACCGCGAAUUCCGCGCAAGCGACGCACGACCAUGGCUGCCACCUCUGACAAGAGUGCACCAACCAGCCCCAAGAGGCCGGUUCCACCUCCUCUCCUAGUUCAGCAGGCCGAUGAACCGCUCCUAGCAUUCCUAGACCGUCUCCAGAAGUAUUCCGAGACGACGGCCGCUGAACAACGCAAGUGGGAAGAAGAGCAAGCCGCCCGCCAUCAGGAGAUUCAGCGCCAGCUGGCAGAGGCAGAGGCAGCACGUCAGCAGGCCGCAGCCGAAGCUGCAGCAGCCGCACGGUUGCAACAGCAGCAGGUCGAGGCAGAUCAGAACCAGGCUCGUUACCAAGCCACUAUGGAUCUGACUCGCGAUGAAGCCACCUAUGGCAGGCUACUUCGCCGACAGCAUUUCCACGAAACCGAAGAACGGCAAGAGCCAACCACGGAGGAAGCAGAUAAAGAAGGAAUAGCAGUUCUGAUGGAGAAUCUGCUGUACACAUGCAAUUGGCAGCAACGCGAACUGCUCGCCACGCGGCAGGUCCUCAUCCGCUAUGAAACAACACUCAAGGCAAUGGAUAACAGGAUCACGUCGCUGCAGGCCGAGAACAGGACACUACAUGCCGCCAACAGCCAACAGCAGACACUCAACCACCAGCUGCAGGCAGAUGUCAACUAGGCCGACGUGCAUCAUACUCUGUCCCUAUGGCGGCUGGAUGCAUUGUACCUCCAACUGAUAGGCGGAGUGCAAGCAUUCAUGACACACAUGGCCGCGGCGCUUGAGUGUAUCAUCGCCACCCUCCACACGAAGAUCACGUGGGAGGAGUUUGAGAAGAAAUGGAAGACCCGGUUCAUGGUGAACAAUGACAAGCGUCACGCCUUGAACAAGAUCUUCCACAUCUUCCAAGGCCAGCAACCUUCGCGGGAAUGGCUGACGGAGUGGCAAAGACUCGACGCCACACCGGAGUUGAACCUACCGUUCGACUCGAUCCGAGGCGAAUUCUUCGUCCGAUCCUGCGACGCCUUGACUGCUGCUCUCGGCAGCGAAUACGAGUAUAAGAACUUUGACGACAUGAUCGCCAAAGCCAGAGAGCUUAUACAAGGUAACCGGCGUGCGGCUAACGAGACUCGUCAGCAGCCCGGUUACGUGGAGAAAGGAGAAGGUCAACGGACGCCGCAAGUAGCAGCAGUCCAGCAAGGACAAAGUGAGGACUACGCAGCCGCUUCGACACCAAGUGACAGAGAUGUGGCGGCAGCGAUACCACCGCAACGCUCAAAACCCCGAGGGGGAAAACAGAAGGCGAAACCAGCGUCGGCGGAUGGAGCACGACAGGCACCAUGGACGAAGUUCGGGAUUACGGAGGACAUGUUCAAGUUGCGACAGAAAUGGGGAUCAAGCGAGGCUGUGUCCUUCGACAUAUUGGACACCAAGUUCGAUAUGAUCCUAGGCAUGUCGUGGCUGCAAAGCGAAGACCAUCCGGUGAACUUCCAUCGUCGCACCGUUCACGUUCGUGAUCGGCAUGGCGAACUAGUCCCGUGUACGGUGCCGCUUCCUCAUCCUUCGAUUGGUUGUCACGUGGUAUCCGCGGUGAGCAUUCACCAAUCCAUCCGGCGAAACGACAUCGAGGAGAUGGGCAUAUGUUUUCUUCAUGCCCUUCCACCCGGUGAUCAGCCCAAGACGGAUACGUCGGACCCACGCAUCAUUGAGCUGUUGGACAGCUAUGGGGAUGUCUUUCAAGCUCCCGCCGGAGUCAUACCGGAUCGGCCUAUACGUCACGGGAUCACUCUCGAGGACGGCGCCGUACCUCCGCGCGGAUGUAUCUACCGCAUAAGCGAAGAGGAACUUCAAGUGUUCCGAGCACAACUAGACGACCUCUUGGCCAAGGGCUGGAUUCGCCCUAGCUGCUCGCCAUACAGUGCUCCCGUUCUCUUCGUCCGGAAGAAGAACAAGGACCUUUGGUUGUGCAUCGACUAUCAUAAACUCGACGCACAAACGAUCAAGAACGCCGGCCCUCUCCCUCGGAUCGAUGAUCUUCUCGAGCGACUUGGCGGCGCCAAGUACUUCUCCAAGCUAGACCUCAAGUCCGGUUAUCACCAGAUCGAGAUUCAGCCAAGAGAUCGGUACAAGACCGCAUUCAAGACGCGGUAUGGGCACUUUGAGUGGAUCGUCAUGCCUUUCGGUCUCACCAAUGCCCCGGCUACUUUCCAAGCGGCUAUGACGACGAAAUUCCGCGGCUCGACCGCUCCGUACUCAUUUACCUCGAUGACAUCUUGGUUUAUAGUCGGUCGCUGGACGAGCAUCUCGAGCACCUUCGCGCCGUAUUGGAGCGGCUUCGUAUCGCCAAGUACAAGGCAAACCGCGACAAGUGCGAGUUUGCCCAACAAGAGCUGGAGUACUUGGGCCAUUACCCACGGCGUUCCUGAAGACAUCGUCAGCGACCGCGACACUCGUUUCAUGUCGGCCUUUUGGACGGCACUCAUGGUGGAAUCGGGCACCAGCAUGAAACCGAGCUCCGCACGGCAUCCUCAAACGGAUGGGCAAAUGGAACGGGCGCACCAGACUGCGCAGAUGAUGCUCCGCACACUCAUCCGCCCGGAUCAGAAGGACUGGGUUGACCUUCUUCCCGACAUCGAGUUCGCCUACAACACUUCGGUGCACCCGGCGAUUGGCGUGACUCCAUUCGAGUUGCACCACGGUGGACGGAAAGGAUGUAUCUUCGCAGACAUUUUGCUUCCACGGGCUGCCGAUAUAGACGCCGCUUGCUACCCCGCUUCUACACGGAAGUACAGGGAACUGCUGGCCAAAGCCCGCGCUAACAUGCAAAAGGCUCAGGUCCGUAUGCAUCAGCAAGCGAACCGGCGUCGCAUCCCAUGUCCAAUUCGCGCCGGCGACCUAGUUUGGGUCACCUCCGAGGAAUUCGCGCUCGAGCAGGAUGUCUCGCGCAAGCUCCUCCAGAAGUGGUUUGGACCAUGGAUGGUCACUUCAGCAGCUGGCGACGACCCCGCGGGUCCAUCAUUCAUCAUUGAGAUUCCCCCGCAUUUGACGGUUCACCCUAUCUUUCACGCUUCGAAGCUGGCGGUUUACACUCCAGCCUCCGCAGCGGACUUCCCGCGCAGACGGUCACAGGACCCUCCUUCAAUGGAUGGCCAUCAGGAGGUCGACCGGGUUCUCACGCAUCGCAAGCAUGGCAACAAGCCAAUGCAGUACAAAGUUACAUUCAAGCAAUGCGAUCCGAAUGACACACGCUGGAUCUCAAGAGCUGAUCUGAAGGCAUCAGCACCCCUCAUCUUCGCACAUUAUGAAAAACAGCGACUUGCUAAGGAAGCUGCCCAACCUGCCCGCCCUGUACAGACAUCAGACAGACAGCUUCGCCCUCGCAUACAUAUUGUGGCGAUGGGAGGGAGGGAAGGAUGGCGAGAUGGGAGGGAGGGAAGGAUGGCGAGAUGGCGAGGGAGGGACGGAGGGACUAUGGCGGGAUGGCGAGAUGGGAGGGACCAUGGCGAGACGGGAGGGAGGGAGGGAUGGCGAGAUACUAUGGCGAGGUGUGCAUGCGGGAGGGAGGGAGGGAUAGCGAGAUGGCGAGGGAGGGAGGGAGUAUGGCGAGAUGUGGAGAUGGGACGGACUAUGGCGAGAUGGGAGGGAGGGAGGGAUGGCGAGAUGGCGACCUACCAAACGAUGGACAAGAUGGCGGCAGCGGCAGGGCGGUAUGGUGUGAUGGCGGGGUAUGGUGGCGGGCUGUGGCGGUGGCCCUACAAGAAGAAGAAGACGAAGAAGAAGAAGAAGAAGAUGGCGGUGGCGGCUGGGCGGUAUGGUGGCGGGGUUGGGAGUCUUCUGGUAGGUGGAGAACGAUCUCCUCUGUUGAUGGCUGCUGGUGGAUCGGGUUGUCAGCUUGUCCAGGGGACUGCAUGCAUCCCUCUGAGAUUGGUACUUGUCGCUGACGGCUUCGUGUUGGCGGCUGCGCGAGUGCAGGGACCUCCGUUGUCUUCCGGAAGCUUUGACUUGGAGGCCCGUGACGUCCAGGUCGAAGCUCUCGGACUGGAAUUGAAUGCGUUGACGAGAGAGCGAAGUACACUAUGGUCCCAAAUGAGGGAUGCCAAUGACGUAAAAGAAGCGCUGGAGAAAGGCAUGCGGGAGCAAAAGGAAAGAGAGAAGGCACUGAUCUCCAUGCAAGAGGCAGCAAAUGCAGACUUGGAACGUCGUCGCAACCAGAUUGACUCAGCCGAAGCACGAAAUAAACUCAUAGCGGAUCGGCUUAGACUGGCUGAAGAACGAGCUGCUCUGGCAGUUGCAGAGGCGGAGAGGGCAAAGGAUGAAGCAGCACAAAUAACUGCCGAGAAACAUGAUCUACGAGCAAAGGCUGUAGAGCUGAUGCAACAACAAGAAAAUCUUUCUGCAUGGAAACGAGAAGUACGGAUGGAGGCCUCUCAGCAUCUGGAGGAAAGGGAAAAUUUUUUGAAGCAGUGGGAGCAGCGGUUGCAGUCGGAGAUGGCAUCUUUUAAUGACCAGAAGAGCAAAUGGGAGUCCAGAGUUGAGCAGAAGGAGAUGGAGCUGAGGGCGUUGGAGGAAACAGUGGUGGGGGAAAGCCAAGCCUUGGCUGCUUCAAGGACAACCAUUUCCGACAGGGAGAAAGCAGUUUCUGAACGUGAAUCGGCACUCCAAGCAAGGGAACAGGAAUCGCGAAGGACAGCGGAGGAUGUGACUGGUGCAAAAAAGCAGCUCAGGAUGAAAGCUGAUGCACUUGAGAAGGAGAAAGAAGCUCUGGCACAAGAGAAGGAGUAUGUGAGAGUGGCAAUGGCAGAAAUAUCGGAGGCAUCAAAAGUAAACAGGCAAGCCAAGGAGAGGAUAGCAGCACAAGCUCAUGAGCAGAACACACUCAAGCAAGCCUUGGAGGAAAAGGCAGCGGACAUCGGACAGAGGGAAUCAAAGGUAAAGAUGGAAGAACAACUGCUUGCUGAGCAGGAAGCAGCUUUAAGACGGCAGAGAGAGGCAUGGGAGACAUUGCGAGAUGAGGAAAGGGCAUCUUUGGAGGAGGGAAGAAAGAGCUUCACGUUAAUGAGAGAGCAGGUGAUUGCAGAUAGGGAAUCCUGUCGUAAGGAGAGGGAGAAGCUAGAGGCUGUGAGAGAAUCCCUGAAGGAGGCAGCCUGUGCACUGCAGGCGCGCGAAGUGUUCCUAGAGAAGAUGUGGUGUCGAUUGUAUGGUCCUGAAAAAGAUGAGGAAAAGUCACUUAGCAUCAAGUUGUGGUACAAGCACAAAGGAGAGCGGUUGAUUGGUGACUGGGAGAACGAUCGGACAGUCACGGAUGUUUCAGAUCUGCAAAUAUCAUCUUCAGAGAAGUCUUACAAGCCUUGGAGUUUUCAUGAAGAGCCAUACUUAGAAGAAUUUGAUGCUGGAGUUGAUGAGUUGAAGGCUGGGGGGCUUGACUUGGCAGCACUGAUGAAGCGAGAGACAAGGUUGCAGCAGUGGGCGAUGACACUGAAGGAAGAGGUAAAGAUGCUUAAGGAAUGGAAGAAGGAUGUUGAAGAAGCGGAGUCUCAUGCAGCUGAAGAGUGUAAGAAGGCUGCUUCUAUGAUCGAAAAUGCAGAAAAGAAGCUAGUGGAGGUUGAAGCUGAGGAGAGGGCCCUUUCUAAGGAAAAGGAUGGGCUUAGACAACUCCUCGAUAAACUUCAGGCCCAGUCUAAGGCGUUGCAGGAGAGUGAACUGAAAACCAGCAGACUUCAGGAGGAUGUUCGCCAGCAAGAGGCAGCUUUGGAGGAGAGGGAGAGAGAUGUGGAACAAAGGGCAACUUUUCUCAAUGAAACCGAAGCUAAACUGCAGCAGGAUGCUGAGAAUGCUGUUAGAAAGCAGGAGACAGUAAUGGUGGAACUGCAGGAGGAACGGGAGGACUUGAGGAGAAGGGAAUCUGAGCUAUUGGCAGCUGUUGACAGGCUGGAGAGGGAAGACAAGGAGCUUGCGUCGGAAAGAGUGAGGAUUGAAGGACUGAGAGGGAAGCAGGAGGAGGAGAAGGCGUCCUUAAGCUUGAGAGAAAGGGAGCUGAUACACAGGGAAGGAGAUAUUGAGGAGCGGGCAGAGAUGGUGAGAAUGAUGGAACUAGAGGUUGAGGAAUUAAAAGGGCAACUGAAAAUACGGGAGAGGAUGGUGGAAGAGCAGAGGAAUGAUAUUGAGAGUGCACGUAGCAAGCUUCGGGCCGAGCAGGAACAACUGCUUAAGGAGCAAGAGAAGGUCAAGAAGUGCCAGAAACUUAUGGAGGAGGCAAGGCUAGAGCUUGCAAGAGUGGAGGAGAUGAAAGAAGAGUUUGUUGUGGAACGUCAGCGUGUCUUUGAGCUGCUGCACAAGGAGGAGGAACGGGUUAGAAAGGAGGAUAAGGCAGUGAAGGAAGCAGAGAGGGCCGUUGUCGAAAGAGAACAGUCCGUCGCAAACGCUGAGAGGAGACAAGCAGAGGAAAGGGAGAAUCUGUCGACAGCAAAAGCAAAAUUCGAGGAGGAGAAGAGGAAGUUGUCUGCAGAGGCUGCAGAGAUGAGGCAAGAUGUAACACAGAUGGGGUUAGCACUUGAUGUGGAGAGGGAGAAGCUCAGGGGAGAGAGGCUGGAGCUCGAGAGAAGAGCUGCAAAGCUGAUGGAAGAAGAGGGAAAGGUGAGAGAAAUGAAGCGAGAGACGCUGAGCAAAUGGGAACAACACCUUGAAGAAACGAGGAGGUUUGGCGAAAAGGUUACUGCCCUGGAAAAGGAAGUUGACUCAAGAUUCAAGAAUCUUGAUGAAAGGGAGGAGGAGGUGGAGCGCAAGAUCGAUGCGGCAAACACAAGAGAGGCUGACCUGAGGCAGAGGUCAAGAGAGCUACAUGCAGAGAUUCAGGCACAUCAGUCCAGCUCCGCAAGGGAGAGAGGCUGGCUCGAUGCUGAAAAGAAAGAGUUGGAGGAAAGGCGGAAGCAGAUCGAGUUCAUGGAGAAAAGCUUGAUGCGUAAACUGGAAGAUGCGGAGAACCUGGUCGCCCAGACAGAAGCAAAGAGAGUAAAAUGUGAAGAAAGAGAGUCUGAAUUACAAUCCUUUGCACAGAAGCAGGCUGAGAAGGAGCGCCUUCUGAAUGAUAGGGAAAAGGAGUGUGCUCGUCGGGAGGAAUCUGUUGCCGCGCAGCUAAAGAAGGCUAUGGACAGAGAGAUGGAAGCACGGAAGAGGGAAGAGGCAUCUUCCGGAAUCGAGAGGAGGACUAGAGAGAUGGUGGAAAAGGCUGCGGCAAAAGUGGCAGAGAAGGAAAAGGAUACAGCAAAGAGGGAGGCGGAUGUAAGGAUUUUGGAGCAGGAGUUGCAGUCUAAAGAAAGGGGAUUGAAGGUAAAACUCUUGACUUGUAAGGAUGCAGCUGUCUUCUAAUUGGGCAGGGGUAUUAUGUGGCGUGGGUGAUGCUAAGUGAGUUGGGUGGCACUAUGUGGGGUGGGUCAUACUAUGUGGACUGGGUGGUACUAUGUGGCCCAGGUGAUACUAUGUGGGUUGGGUGGUACUAGGCGGCGUGAGUCAUAAUAUGUGGACAGGACAGCAAUGCGUGCUCUGGCCAGUAGACUGUGGGGUAGGUGGUUAAUGGACACCCAUCAACUGUUAGUAGACAGACCCGAGCUCGAAUCCUGUGAAGAGAAACCAGAAAACAACUCCGAGGGCAUACUCACACUUGGACAUUUUCUAUGAAGCUCUGGGUGCAAUUGCAGUCAGUUCGUCCAGGAGAUGCAUUUUGGCAAGGGCUAAUGUGAGUAUGCCCUGAGAUCG